UAAUCCCAAUAAGUCCACCAAAAUUGACCCAUUCUCUCACAUUUUCAACCAUAUAUUGCAAAGUCUUCUCCCCCGAAAUUCUCCAGCAAAUUCUGAUAUCUUUAAUUUUGAUCAUAUAAAGAAAAUGGAUGAAACAAGUCGCAAAUCAGAAGGAAAAGAAAUUGAAGACGAAUUAACUGAAAUAACUCUGAGGCAAAUUGAAUUGUCAGAUGUGGAUGAUUUCAUGGAAUGGGCAACAGAUGAAAAAGUCAGCCAAUUUUGCACCUGGGAUACUUACACUUCCAAAGACCAAGCUUUGGAUUUCAUCAACAAUAUUGCAAUUCCCCAUCCGUGGUUACGAGUUAUCUGCAUUAAAAACAGAGCAAUUGGGUCAAUUUCUGUGACACCAAACUCUGGUCGUUUUGAUAGUUGUAGAGCAGAGCUUGGUUAUGUGUUGGCUUACAAGUAUUGGGGUAAAGGGAUUGUGACAAAAGCAGUGAAAAUUGUUGUAUCAAACAUAUUUUCAGAAUGGAAAAAUCUUGAGAGGGUUGAGGCUUUGGUAGAUGUAGACAACAAAGGAUCACAAAAGGUGUUGGAAAAAGCUGGAUUCUUGAAAGAAGGUGUUCUAAGAAAGUUCAAGACUAUAAAGGGGAGAUCAAGAGAUGAGGUCAUAUUUAGCUUUCUAUCUACAGAUGCUCUUUAAGACCAGUACAACUACCUUUGAGUGUUCUGUUUGAGGGAUUGUUACACUUAUUUUAUAAUGUAUCGUAUUAUAUUAUAUUGUGUCAAAUUGUAUUCAAAAUACUCGAAUAAUAUGUAAGUGUACUUUGUCUCAGUGGUGGAGCUAAGAUUUUGAGUGUUCUGUUUGAGUCAUUGUUACUGUUAUUUUAUAAUGUAUCGUAUUAUAUUAUAUUGUGUCAAA